AUCUCAUAUCUUGAUCAAAUGGCUAGCGCAUCCGCGAGGGCAGAGCCCUAUGGGAUCGCUUCCCUGAUUUUCCAGGUUUUGAAUUUCUUUGCUGGGGAUGCAAUUGUCGUGUGGUGCGCCUCUGUUCUUUGGUCCCAUUCAAGAGCUGUGCAGUAUACGUUGUGUGUACUGUUAGCUGGAAGUGCAGCUGCAUCAAUAUACGAUGUGACGAAUUUCUCCAUCAUUCUCACAAGCAAUAAGGGAGCAAGCGGAAAUGGAUUCUUGAAGGGUGAUGCUUCAAGUAUGUUUGUCUUGUUAGCUGUGAAUCUUGCGGCGACGAGCUGUAUUAUGAGUAAAGCUUGGCUCUUCCGACAGUCGAUCAAGAAAACAAUGUCUCGAGAUCGAGUGAACAAGAAUGUGUUGUUCAAAAUUUUGCUUUCCCUUGUUGAGUGUGGUUUAUUUUACUGUGCAGUUCAGGCGGCAAAUGGAACGUUGACUGUAGAUGACGAUGCACCUUCAGGACUUGGUCAUGCAAUUGUGGCCCAGUUUACAUCAUUUUUCACAGGAACACACUCAGCACUCGUGAUCUCAAUUAUUGCCUCCCAAAAAUCCAUUUUGGAAAGCUCUUCGGCAGUGGUCGGAAGCCAUAGAGAGCCUUUAACGCAAGAUGUGGAGAAAGGAGUCGGAGCCUUGCUGAAGCAUAGUACAAUCCGGUUUGCACCCGGACAAUUCGUAUCCGGCGAGUCAGAGCAGUCAGCGUCUGGGGAUUAUGGGAAUGGGUUCUUCACCACAAUGUCAGCAUCUAGUAGUGAACUCAAGCAGGAGGAUUGA